GAACGGUAGGCGAGAUGAUUCCUUUCCUCUAUGAGCGUUUUUACAAUAUCCGUCACAUGGACGGACUGGUCAUUUCGGACUGCAAGGAUUCGAGGUACCGGACAUGGGUAAAGCUUGGUGUGAUAAAUAAGGUGAUUAGGAAGGCGCAAACAGUAGCGGCCGGUAGCCUGAGUGCCGUAUGACCCUUGCAAUCGUAUGUCUGAUGCGUAAGAGAGGAAGCUGGAAGAGGUCUGUAUGCUCGUGGUUCUAAAGCAAGCGAGCCAAGGAAUCAGCAAAUUGAAGCCAGCUGCUGUAUCAUCAAAGGAUGCUUACCGUCUUGAGCAAGGUCUCCUACGUCCAAGUGUGGCGCAACCCUGCGCCAUGGCUCUGACCGCGCCUCCCAUUGGACCGCCAUAUACUACGCGAGCGCCCGAGCACCUUCCGCAUCGGUUGCUUUGCCUACGAAACGUGGAGCAACGCGCUUUGGUCUCCCUUGACGUGCCGCGCAAUGACGAUGAUCACGCCGAAGAGUAUCAGCAGGGCUUGGUAGAAUGGCGAGUUGACGGGGCAGGCCAUGGUUGCCUGGCGGGGUUACGCUAUGCUAUGCUUCCUACUACGAUUCUUGCUUGUGCUCUUCCCUUUGGGUCUUGCUACCUUAAGUAUUUUUCUGUUUCGAGAAUGGCAGCUUUAUUGCACGGUUGGGUAGCAAGCGCGGCUUCAGAGAAUGCACCACGCGUGAAGGAUGGAGUUUUGCGGAGAGAGGGGCUGGGGGGUCCCUGCUAAUACAUGUGAGGAUAGCGAGCGAUCGAGCGAGCGGGUGUAUGUCUUUUGACAAGGAGGAGGCAGAAGGAGGGUGCAAGAGUCGAGCUGCGAGCGACUCCUAGAAG